GCAUGUCUUUUUCCAGUCCCACGUAACUCGACAUAAGCCAUGGCGGCAGGUGAGGAGCAUUCGAGGAAGAAGAGGAGAGUCGGGGACUCUACCUCUGCCUCAUUGGAAUCCGCCCACGAACUGAAAAGCCUCCUACAUCCGUCGCAGAAAUCUUCAGCCGAGAUCAAGUCAGCGGUCGAUCGAUUUUCCAAGUUCUUGACAUCCAUCACCGGAGAUGGACUGGUCUCGGAGCGGGAGCGACCGCUCAAAAUCCUCAGAGAUUACUGUGACGACCAGUCGUCUUCAUCUCACGACCAGGUCGACUUCCCCGAUCUCCUAGCCGCAUGGUCAAAUGCAAGCCAGUCAAGUGACGAAGCUGUCCUGACAGCUGUGCCUUCAGCGCUUGUGCGCUUCUUUCAGACGACCUCGAGCAAAUUGGAGUUUCGUGACUUUGGACUCUCAUUAUGCCAUAGCCUCCUCAAGCGAGACCAGGUUCGCCUCCUUGACAGAGGCUUGUCUGCUCCUCGGGCGAAAGAAAGCCUCAUCACUCCGUGUCUAAAACUGUUGACGGAGGUCAUCAGCUUUGAUGCCGGCGCACUUGCUAGCAAUGUCUGGGCACGACGGGAUCUACUCUACAGGCGUCUAGAUGCCAUUCUGGGUCAGCCUCCACUUGAGCAGGGUGGACCUCAGAACUUUACAGCACGCAGAGCUGCUUUAGAUUUCUUAGUGGCCAACCUGAGAUAUCUAGAUACCGCUGCGAAGUCGGAGUUGAUCACGCAAGGCAAGACAUUGGCUACGGCCAUUCGUUGUCUCCCCAACGAACGCUCGGAUACUACUAUCACCAUGGUACGCGCUCUCGAGGACUUUUUAGCCAAUGAUUCAAGUCUUUCUAGACAAUUGAAGGCUCGCUGCUUCAAUUCUGGCAACCUGACUGCUUUGGCGAAGCUUUACGAUGUCGAGACCCAGGCUCAUCAACCCGACGAAGAAAAUGGUACACAGGGUGUCCGAGAAGCCGUACAUCACCUGUUGCUUCAAGUAUGCACAAUGGAGCAUGGCAUAUUGCUCCCUCAAUCGGGGUGGUAUCCAACAGGCACGCAUCCCGAUGUCGUUGAAACAGACGAUGACAUGAUUGACCUUGGUCUCGACUCGCCUUACCACUUUGACGAUUACAGUAAAAAGGUACCUGUCAGGAACGGCACUGUUGCAACAUUCCUCCAGACUCUUCACCCCGAAAAGGACACGCUGCAGUCCAACCUCAUAAAGUCCAUAUUCGCGGCAGCUCCUGAGCUUGUGGCGGACUACUUCUCAAAGAAGCAAGAGUUCCAUGCGCAGACAUCUGACGACCCAAUAUGGCGCGGCCAGUUUGCAUUUCUGUUCUCUGUUGUGCAAUCAUCAGUCCCACCUUAUUGUGGAUGGCAUGGAAAGCUUCCUGCCCUGCCGCCGCCGGUGUCGGUGGUCAUUGAGAGCAUCCUGCCACGCCCUUUGGAUCGGACGACCAUUACUAGAUGCCUCCAUUUGAGUGAGGACAUCAUGACGAUAUCAGGCGCUCGUCUAUUGACCAUCGCGCUUGGCAAGCUUGAGUCGGUGAUAACGAUGUUUGAGAGCGCGCAUCCUGGAUCCCACGUCUGGGAUCAAACGUGUAGCAAGCUCAUCAGCCUCUUCAUUGACCGCAUCCCGACGCUACACGAUACCAUUACCACGUUGCAGAGGCUUUCGAAAGACAACGACCAGGUUAGGACAGCCGUUCUCGAAUGCAUAGCUGCUUAUCAUAGAGUGCUACCAUCUUUAGCAGCUGGAUCCAAGUUCGACAUUGGGCCUUUACUCAAUGAGAGCAUUCAUCGGCUGCUUUCGGACGACGUUGAAGAUACUGCUCACGAAUCCUUGGAGGAUCAAUUGCCGCAUCUUGUACACAUUGCCGCCCUCUCGCCUGCUACCAAGUGGUUUCAGAAAGCAAAUGCAGAUUCUCUGAUCUUGGUCACUCAAUUGCUCGGAUACUGCGCUCGCAAUCCCGAUAAGCAGGUAUUAAAACAAUCAAUGCCUGUUCUCAGGGACUUGCUCCGAAGUAAAGGCAUCCUUGGCUUUCACACUAAGUCCCUCGAAGCUCUACUACUGAGCUUGACCCCAACCAAAAAGUGGCAACCCGAUGCCAUCACAUUGCAAUUUCUGGACAAUUGCAUAACAAGGACGAUGCAGCGGCCCGUCAAGUACCUGGAUCAACUCGAACGCUAUCAAGAACAGGAGUCAGACUCCAAGGAUCUAAGUCUGGUUGCGUGUUGCGCGGCCGAGCAAUGGCCCUUUGUGGUGAAAAAGGAAGGGCCAAAAGGUGCCAAAAAUGUCGCCGAAUGGAUAGCCAAGCUCUUCGCAGCAUUGGAUGCGGCUGGCGAGAACUUUCGAGUAAUAACGAAACUCAAGGAAGAGAUGGCGAGCGUGGUAGAAGGGGACGAGAAGUCUGCUGGAGUGAUAUCGAAGGCAUUCGACAAACAGCAAAAGAAGCCUGUCACUUUGCCGGAGCCAGGGGCAGAGGGUACACUGGACGGUCAUGACUCUGCGAAGCUCACGAAUGGUGACCACUCAGCUUCCGUGCCUGUGGAAGAAGCAAAAGGUGUCAAUCUCGCCGAAGUCCUCCCUCCUCCAUCAGCUAUCCCGAUAUCCCUCAAAGGUCUCGACCGCUGGACCAAACCAGACUUCGAAUCCGAGAUCCAAUCCGGCCGACUAGCCAAUCUCCUACGCUGCCUUAUUAGUCCCGACCAAGAAACCCGCCUCCAAGCAUUCCACACCCUCCAAACCGUCACCCAUGCAGUCGAACAGUCCACUUACCCAGAGAAAACGCAAUUGCACCUCCUCCUAGGCGAAGUCGGCGAAACCAUCCGCACUCUGACCCAGUCUCACCCAAACAUUCCUCCACCAUCGAUCGUCGCAGAACUCGCGAUCCACACACUCCCCGUCAUCGCAGACCCUUCAUCGCCAUACUACCGCAAAACAAACAAAUACCUACUUGACGCACCAAGCUGGGCCAUGAACCGCAUCCUCCCACACUGGCUGUCUGAGACGUUCCUUUUCGAACCGGAAUCUGACGACACAGAUGUAGGUAAUCAGAACGCUCAAGGUCUUGAAAUUGAGCGUCUCCUCGAUUUGCUGGCAGACUCUCUCCGCAGCGAAAUCGACAUGGACCUGUUUCGGCGUUCGCACGUCUUCACCCGUUUGUUCAGUUACUACCUCGCGCCGGUGUGCUCGAAACACGCGCGCAAGAAAAUCUUGCGGAUCGUUCAUCACGCGGCGAACGUCAAGGACGGGAGUGAUACGUUGAUCACCCGGGCCGGCGUGCGCGAAUGGUUGACCGUUGCGGCCGAAGUACGUGAUCAUAGCGGCCACGGCGCCACGGCUGGACAGAUCGAUGAGGAGAUCAGGGGGAUCGUGAAAGCCGUGGAGAAGGAAGGAAACGAGAUGUGUGAUCGGGGUGGCAUUGAGAAGUGGGAGAGGGAGAGGCCGAUUUACAGGCUGGACAAGCGGACUCAAUCCGGAGCUGUGAAUGGACAUGUGACGAAGGCUGGUCAUGGAGAGGGACAAGCCGACGAAGAGGUUGAAGAUUAGAAGAGAGACCGU